UUUCACGUUUGUUUAUACCAAAUUCAUGGACACUUUCUUUCUCUUUUGCCUUUACUUUUCCUAUUUUGAUAAUUCUAAAUUCUUAAUUGAUAAAUAUCUUAUUGCUUUUGAUUUCAUAUGUUUCAUUUGAAAUGUAAAUUUCAACACUGCCAAUUAAUAUACCAGGACUGUGAGUGUGAACAAAUACAAAAGUUGUGAUUGUGAAAGUGGAAGGUGGAAGUGAAAAAUGUUUUUCAUAAUUUAAUGUUGAACAUUGAAGAGUUUAGUCACAGUAUAUUGAUUGCCAUCGAUUUAUAAAGCAAUAUACUGUGAUUUAUUUUUAGUGUUCAAAUUCGAAAUGGAGUGCAAUGAAAGUGUUCAAGAUUAUCGAAAUCAGGCAGUAUUAAUAUGCAGUAAAGAUGAAGAAGAUUCGCUUAAAGAAUAUGUUAAAUUAGAAAUAGAGGAAUGUACUCUUAAAAACACAUAUACAGAAGAAUCGGUACCGACUGAGUCUUGUUCAGAAAAUAUCACAGUGAGAAACUGUUUGGUAAAAUAUGAACCUAGUGAAUUUCAAGAUUUUAAGGUUGAAAUAAAGGAAGAACUAGAGGAAUGUCAGUUAAUAGUAAAUCAUAGCGAAAAUAAAUUUGAAAUAUCCAAUAGCAAAAAAUUGGACCCAGAUAGUUCAAGUGAAAUUACCAGAAAUAGCUUUUCACCGAGGGGAGAAAAAAUUCAGAAAACAUUACCUGAAGAUUUUACUAACAAUGAAAAAUAUAUCCAGCAGGACUCUACAGAAAACCUAGUCAAAUGUGAGAUUUGCUCAAAAUCUUUUUCCAAAAAAAGUUAUUUAAAAAUACAUUUGAGAAUACAUACUGGUGACAAACCUUUUAAAUGUGAAAUUUGUUUUAAGCACUUCAUUCAAGCAAAUGGUUUGAAAAAACAUAUGAGGACACACACUGGUGAAAAACCUUUUAAAUGUGAAAUUUGUUUUAAGCAAUUUACUCAAAAAUGUCAGUUGCAAAGUCAUUUGAAAAUGCACACUGGUGAAAAACCCUUUGAAUGUGAAAUUUGUUUUAAACAAUUUACUCAUAAAUUUCAUUUGAAAAGUCAUUUGAAAAUGCAUACUGGUGAAGAGCAUUUUAAAUGUGAAAUUUGUUUUAAGCACUUCAUUCAAGCAAAUGAUUUGAAAAGACAUAUGAGGAUACACUCUGGUGAAAAACCUUUUAAAUGUGAAAUUUGUUUUAUGCAAUUUUCUCUAAAAUCUAAUUUGAAAAGUCAUUUGAAAAUUCACACUGAUAAAAAACCCUUUGAAUGUUUAAUUUGUUUUAAGCAAUUUACUCAUAAAUGCCGUUUAAAAAGUCAUUUGAAAAUGCAUACUGGUGAAAAACCUUUUAAAUGUCAAAUUUGUUUUAAGCACUUCAUUGAAGCAAAUGAUUUGAAAAGACAUAUGAGGACACACACUGUUGAAAAACAUUUUAAAUGUGAAAUUUGUUUUGAGCAAUUUGCUCACAAACGUAAUUUGAAAAGUCAUUUGAAAAUUCACACUGGUGAAAAACCCUUUGAAUGCGAAAUUUGUUUUAAGAAAUUUGUUCAAAAAUCUAAUUUGACAAGUCAUUUGAAAACACAUACUGGUGAAAAAAUCUUUGAAUGUGAAAUUUGUUUAAAGCAGUUUUCUUAUUUAAGUGGGUUGAAAAAUCAUUUGAUGACGCACACUGGUGAAAAACCUUUUAAGUGUGAAAUUUGUUUUAAGCAAUUUUCUCUAAAAUCUAAUUUGAAAAGUCAUUUGAAAAUUCACACUGAUAAAAAACACUUUGAAUGUUUAAUUUGUUUUAAGCAAUUUACUCAUAAAUGUCAUUUGAAAAGUCAUUUGAAAAUGCAUACUGGUGAAAAACCUUUUAAAUGUGAAAUUUGUUUGAAGCACUUCGUUGAAGCAAAUGAUUUGAAAAGACAUAUGAGGACACACACUGGUGAAAAACCUUUUAAAUGUGAAAUUUGUUGUGAGCAAUUUGCUCACAAACCUAAUCUGAAAAGUCAUUUGAAAAUACACACUGGUGAAAAACCCUUUGAAUGCGAAAUUUGUUUUAAGAAAUUUGUUCAAAAAUCUAAUUUGACAAGUCAUCUGAAAACACAUACUGGUGAAAAAAUCUUUGAAUGUGAAAUUUGUUUAAAGCACUUUUCGUAUUUAAGUGGGUUGAAAAAUCAUUUGAUGACGCACACUGGUGAAAAACCUUUUAAGUGUGAAAUUUGUUUUAAGCAAUUUGUUCAAAAAUCUUAUUUGAAAAGUCAUUUGAAAAGACAUACUGGUGAAAAAUCCUUUGAAUGAGAAAUUUGUUUUGAGCAAUUUACUCGGAAAUGUAAUUUGAAAAGAGAUUUUGAAAAUGCACGUUGGUGAAAAUCCCUUUUAAUAUGAAAUUUCUUUUAGACAGUUUGCUUAUUCCUUACGAACUCCUCUCAUACUAGGAAAUUCUUCGUACCUCUAAACUUUAAUUCUAAUAUUAGCUGUAAGAUUAGAAGAAACUGCCCGCUCGGACAAGCAGGCCAUUAUCCUAAUGUCUCGUCCAUCCAGAUCUAUGUCAUUAAAAAUAAAGAUUUACUUCCAGUCUUUAACAAUGUCAAAAAUACGUUCUCGUAGUCAGCAAAGAAGGUAUCUACAUCAACAGUUAGAUCUUAAUAUCUCUGGUGAGUACCUGGAUGCCCAAUAACGCAUCUCUUGUCUACAUUGUUCUGUAGUUUAUCAACUGUUCGAGAAACUUCUUCGCACUUGAAAGAUUUUCGAGUUUUUCAUCGGUCUUUGUAUAUAUCUCAUCUGACUUUUCUUCCGGUCUUUAUAUAUUUUAGUAGCAUCACCGAACCAAUACAUGCGAAUUUGUACUGUUUUUAAAUAAAUAUUGUUUGUGAAAUUGCGUUUUCAAAGUAUUUAAAUAGUUUUUAUCAAAUACCGAACAAUUAACGCACUAGCAGUUGUUUGCAAACGUUUAUACACUCUGGAAUAAACUUUAAAAGUACU